ACGCCCGAUCCUUGAACCCUCAGCGCCACAUGGGCCGCGCCGGGGAGCGAGUUCUUGGGCUGCGGCGCUGGCUUAUCUCACCGGGAACUGCCCACUCCGGCAUAAAUAGCGGCGGCGAGGACGCCGCGGCUCAGACAGGACGAGCAGCAGCACGGCAGCGACGGGACAGAGCCGGUUCAGCGCCAAGAUGAGAGCCGUGGUGGUGGCCCUCGCCCUGCUCUGCCUGACGGGCACCCAGGCCCGCUCCUUCUGGCAGCAUGAUGAGCCCCAGGCGCCCCUGGACCGGCUCCGGGACAUGGUGGACGUGUACCUGGAGACCGUGAAGGCCAGCGGCAAGGACGCCAUCGCCCAGUUCGAGUCCUCUGCUGUGGGCAAACAGCUGGACCUGAAGCUGGCCGACAACCUGGACACGCUGUCCGCCGCCGUGGCCAAGCUGCGUGAGGACGUGACCCCCUACUACAAGGAGGUGCGGGAGAUGUGGCUGAAGGACACCGAGAGCCUGCGCCAGGAGCUCAGCAAGGACCUGGAGGAGGUGAAGGAGAAGAUCCGGCCCUUCCUGGACCAGUUCUCGGCCAAGUGGACGGAGGAGCUGGAGCAGUACCGGCAGCGCCUGGUGCCGCUGGCGCAGGAGCUGAAGGACAUCACCAAGCAGAAGGUGGAGCUGGUACAGGAGCGGCUGACGCCGGUGGCCGAGGAGGCGCGGGACCGGCUGCGCGGGCACGUGGAGGAGCUGCGCAAGAACCUGGCGCCCUACAGCGACGAGCUGCGCCAGAAGCUGAGCCAGAAGCUGGAGGAGAUCCGCGACAAGGGCAUCCCGCAGGCCGCCGAGUACCAGGCCAAGGUGGUGGAGCACCUGGGCAACCUGCGCGAGAAGCUGACCCCGCUGGCGCAGGACUUCAAGGAGCGCCUGGCGCCCUACGCCGAGAGCCUCAAGACCCGCAUCAUCGCCCUCCUGGACGACUUCCAGAAGAGAGUGGCCUGAGCCGCCAGCUGGCCGGCCAGGGACGGCCCCGGCCCCCUCCCGCAGCCCCUGGGGGCUCUGGGGACGAGCUGCGGGAGCCCCGGGCCGGGGCAACCCUGGGGGGCCUCCCUGGGGACCCCCCUGCUCCCCUCCCACUGCUCCCCUCCCUGAACCGGCGUUGGUCUCCGCUUUGCCAGCCUUUUGUCAAAUAAACCUGACUUAAGUUA